AUGUUUGAGGAAAAUUCCAGCUUCGAUGAAAGUCGAGGUAUGAUCUCUAUGCUGUAUUAAUUUACUUUGUUUGCCAUGCAAGACUUAAUAAUUCGCCGGUUAUAACAAUUUCAAACAGAUUCUAUCGAUACUAACUGGCGAGUGUCCUUUAUCAUACCUGUGUGUCUUUGUACCAGCGGGCUCUUAGUAAAAAGGCCAUCACAGAAACAUGCAUGCUGUUUUUCGAUAAAGACGAAAGCAGACAUAUAUAUCAUCUAAGAGAAAACGUUAUUCAAUUUCAGAACUGUAACUACGUAUACAAUCAAGUUCAUCCUAAAGAAACCUCACGAUCAUUUAUCAUAGUCUGGGAUUAAAAUUUCAUUUUAAGUAGUAUCUUAGAAACUCGAAAAAUGGAAUUCGUUACUGAACUUUGUACUGACCGGCUUUUAGUUUGAGACUCAGCCGUGUGGACUGAAUAUUAGUCAUUCGCCGUUUCUGUUAUAGGUUUUUACUGGUAGGACAUUCAGUCAUAGACAGUGCGCAGAUAAACAGUGUCCGCAAAUCGGGGUUGACGACUGAUAUGAGAAUUUAUUGAGACCCGGGUCACAGGAAAAUACCGGCGUUGUCCUUAUAAACCGGUGUCUGUGAACGUACAUGUAUGUCUUGAGCUUUUGUUGGGACAAACAAAACUGUCCGAGAGACACGGGUGUCCGUAUUAAGCGGUUAUCCUUAGAGGGGUUUUCACUGUAUUUGGGGGUGAAUACUAGCAUGGAACUGCCAGCAAACAAAAAGGACUUAACAUGUUCUACUACAGUUGCUUGUUAUAGCGUCAAUGUAGCAGGGGCACCCAACGAGAAUAUAGUUCAAAACUACUUAACAUAGCAUUGUUGAACGUAUUUUAGUAUUCAAACGGUAGAUAUAUAUUUUUAUCCCCUAAAAACUUUUCAUCUGUUCGGAUUUCCUAGCUGAAAGUCUAGUGAUCCGAAAAUUAUAGGGAUAUUAAACUUACCUUCUCGAAAAUUUCAGCCAGGAAAAGGCUCCCGAAAAUUCUAGGUGGUCUUUUUUAGGGUCAAAAUCCGUUAAAAAUGGGUAAUUAUACUAUUUUGUAGAUGUUUGAAAAUCCUAGGAGAGGCAGGCAAGCAAGAAAUUUUGCAACAAAUGCUCCGAAAAUUCUAGAUCACAAAUCGUCUUCCGAACAGAUAUUUUCCCGAAAAUUGCCGUUGGGUGCCCCUGAUGUAGGGAAAAUGGAAAUAAGGGAGAAGUAAAAAUACAGUUACAGUGGAAUCCGGUUAAUACGGCACCAAUAGGACUGCCAUUACAUUACUACUAAGACUUGCUAUGAGGCAAGACAUAGGCCAUUCAUUCUAAAGUGUGGUACAGUGCAACCUCGAUAUAACAGAGGGCCCGAAAGGACUGACAAAAUUUGUUCUCUAUAAAGAGGUUUUGUUAUACAGUGGAACCUCGAUAUAUCAGAGGGCCAAGAGACUGACAAAAUGUGUUUGCAAUAACAAGGUUUUGUUGUACAGUGAAACUUCGAUAUAACGAAGGGCUGAAGGACUGACAAGAUUUGUUCGCUAUAACGAGGUCUCGUUAUAUCGAGUUCUUUUCCGUACAUUUUAUUGAUACUGGGGUAAAGAAAAUUGUUUGUUAUACCGAGGACUUCUUCGUUGUCUGAUCGAGGUUCCACUGUAUACUAGCUAAGUUCUUAUUUACUUCAUUUACUUUAAAUGUGACCAAAAUUAUUCUUUCAGCCAUCAUUUCCGUCAGGAAGUUGUAUUUAGUCACGUGUGAAAAAAAAAAACAUUAAAACAAUACUCAAUAGACCGGUCUUUGAAGCAUGUUUUAGAUCUCAUAAAAGAAACUGUUAAUUUGUUCUCUUCACUGAAAAUUGCCAAUCGAUACGUUAUGAUUGGAAGGAGCAGACUGCAAGAAGUUUUUGCUGCUGGAAACAGCUGUGGAGAUAUCCUCAUGUAGUUCUAGAACAUUCAGAUAAUGAUUUACUCAUAAUACGAGAAUAGCUACUGUCAAGGCAAAUUAUAAUCAAAUUCAUGACAACGCACAUAAUGAAAAUUGCUUGCUAGUGUUAGCCAACAUCCUGACUGACAGGAAGCGAUGUGUAUUAGAUUUUUAAGUACGGACGUCACGAUGUAUGAACAAUUAACGAAUGAUCCAAAGUAAGUGACAAAGGACACGACUAAUCGUAUUUCACUUAGUAUAGUUCCAAUUACUCCCCAACGACCAAGUUGUGAUCGAUAAUAAGUGUUAAGUGAGGACAAGUGAAAUAGAUAGCAAACAAUCAGUUUUGAGAUUAAAACGGUUCAACGUCGGUCCAAAUUUUAAUGGCAAACAUUCGAGUCUAUUAAAAGCGUAGGAGUAAUACAAAAACAAGUGAAGGUCACUCUGGAAGGUCCGGGGCCGAUAAUAUCGAUAAAAAAAGAAAACCAGUACACUUAACCUUCUUUAAAUAGAUAUUAUGUAUCGAAACUGCUCGUUAUUUUGUAUCCUACGCUCUACGCCUUUUGUUUUGGAAGAAUAGAAAUAGAGACAAAGAAAAGCACCCUUGUUCGCGGGGAAAUGGAACCACCUGAAAAUUAGAUGGAGAAUCAGUUUUUUUUCCUUUAAUUCUUAACCAAAAAGAUUUUGGAACCAAAGGUUGAUUAAUCAAUUUCAAAAUCUACUAUAUCGAAUUUAUACAUCACACUUAGUGUGUGGCUAUAUUCAAAUAGGAUACAGCAAAGAACCGCUCAAAACAGUGGCGGGGUUGUUCUUAACAAGAUAGUUUUUACAUUCCGUUGUUCCUGCCUUGAAAUUUUGACAAUAAAUCGCGUAGUCUCCAUUGAAAGCUACUUCUUCUGUUUUGAACGGUAUUUUCCAGUAGUUUCAAAAGGCUUCGAUACCAUUUCGAUUUGUGGGCGGAGAAAUCAAUUCAAAAUCCAUAACCACGAUAUGUGUCUGUUUGUGUAAUUUGUAUCACGCCCACGUUAAUAUCAGUUCCGCCGCGGGCAAGGCAGCUAAGAAGUUUUAGUAACGGGGAAAACAUGUAACCGUGACACAUGAAACCAUCAAAUUUAAAUGCCUGACUGGCAUUUUUCUCAACUGCACCAGAAAGUGGAAAAUACUGUGUGAAUUUCGUCCACAAACUCAAAAGAUUAGCGAGGUAAAUAAGAACAUUUCAGGAAAAAGCUCUUGACUUAUUUCUAUUCCAGUCACGGAGUGACGUUGUGCAGGGUCAAGGAUAAAACCGCAGUAAUGUGACGACAAAUGCAACAUUCCAUACAUGAAAAAAAAGAAAGAAAAAAAGAACAUCACGAGUUUUGCGUUUGGUGGGUCUCAAGACCUCUAGCAAAAACCAUACGAUUAAGCCACAUUUUCAAACUCCGAAUCCUAUAUUCUAAAGACUUGAAUCGCGCUUGUGCAGUCACACCUAUACCCUAAAAGGGAGUAAACUCCAUUAAGUCCAUUAAAGGCUCUCUCGUGCUUGCGUGUCGACGUUACUGGAAACUGUACAUGUGGCCCGAUGUUGCCUUCGACGUUACGCUCGUUUUCCCUGACUAAUGAACUGCAACAUUAGCAUGUUUUGAUAAAACAACUUUAACGCUCUUUAUAAAAAGUUAAGGCGUUUGUUGUGACGUCACGAGUUUCUCGUGACAGGUUACAUUUGCUCCAAAUGAGCCAAGCACCCCUGAGGCGAAAAUUACUUCCAAUAAUCUUCGUGAAGCGGGAAGACUUCAUUGAUAAAAGAACUCGCUUCUCCAAAAGUCCGCACUUGGAAGAAACUGUGGCUUACGGAGGGCACGCUUAAGGAGGUUCCACGGCAUAACGAAAUCCUGAUGUCAUCUUUUGAAGGAUUCGGUCGAGGUAAGAAGCGGUUUCUGGCGUAAGCAAUGAGCAGAUUCCUAAACUAAUGAUGAAUCCAAGAAACUACAGUAUGUUCGGUUGAUUGAUACAAUAAUGUGCACAGCACCCUUGGCAACACACAACGGCCACCUUGGGGGACAGACGAAAGUGGCCUUUGUAGAGAGGUUUAAAUAAGAGUCAAUGUAUAGACUGUCCGCCAAAAAGUGGCCGCUGUAGAGAGAUAGCCGUUAGUAUAAGUUCGACUGUAUUUCAAAUUCCCAAUAGAAAUAAUAUUUUCGUAUUUUGUUUCCUCCGGAGACAGGACUGCUUUCCGGCUAAACAAUAUACCCUUUCUACGAGGCCCUGGCAGUGGGGGUCCCAUGUCGCCCGUCUGAAUUUUAAAACGUCUCCUGAUCUUGUUUGUAAAUGCUUGUCGCUUAUUGUCGGCUUUGCCGUCACUGUCGCAAUUUGGCCGAGGGAGGUUGUCUCUUGUCGCGAUUUCAUUUUACGCGCUGUCGCUACUUUUUGGGCCAUGUCGCCUGUCGGAAUUUACCCUGGCAGGGACAGUCUACUACGGGUGUAUCAUCUCUAGCGUUUGGACCAAAAUCAGUUGAUAAUAAGAAGGGCUUCGUUUUGUACUGUAUUAACACGUAUCAGUUGGGUGUCAGUGAAAUAACUACUUAUUUCUGUGUGGAAUGGUUCACGCACUUUUGCUAAAUUGAGAUUACAUAACUUACAAAAAACAUUAUUUGUUUUGUCUAGAAAUCAAAAUUAAAGGUAGAAAUAUAUAACAAAACACUUGACCUAUCCACAUUCAUUAAAAGCUAUCAUGCAACAACGUAAACUUUCAAAGGUUAUUUACGAAAUUAAACUCGACUUGCGUAUAAAAAUAGUCAUACAAAUCGAUAAAAAUAUAUAGUUAUAUUAGCUAUGACGCGAACAUAAAUCACUUGUUGAUCCAUAAUUGCUGAUCAAGCAGGUUGCUAAUUUUCCCCAGAGUUUCUUAUUAUAAACCACUAUACCAGUGACGUCCUUGUCAGCCAUGUGCGAGUUCUAGAUCGCUAGCAUGCUUUUCGUAAAUUCCUGUAUUGAUUAGCGCUGUUUAAGCAAAGAUUGCCUUUCUCAGAUUGCCGCCCGGCUUUGUUUCUCAAAGAGCUGAAAUGUAUUGUGGACAACGUUUUCGGAAGCGAUCAACCUUUGUAUUUGCAUGAUCUCUCCCUGUUUGUCAAGGUUACGUAUUGCUAAUUUUUUUCCGGAGUUUCUUAAACUACCAGUCUUCAUUGUUACUUAUGUGCGGGCCUAGCUAUAGAAGUCUUGAAUGAUUUUCAGAAAUUUCUGUUUUGAAGCGCUGUAUAAGGAAAGUCUGCCUUCUCAAAUGGUCGCCCUUUAGUUUGUCAAAGGGCUAAAAUGUAUUAAGGACAACGUUUUCUAAAAAGAUCAACCUUAGUAUUGGCUCUUACCAGCUUGCAACAAGGUUACAUAUUUUCUACCUUUCAGCUUCAUCUACAGGAUCAAGCUUAGACGGUAGUGUUGAUGAGCUUAAUGAACAAGGAAUACCCAAAGGCUUGGAGAGUAGACGAGAAACCCGAUUCAAGAACAUAGUACACUUGUGGGAAUUCCUGCUGGAACUUUUGGCAAAUGAAAACUGCCGUUCACUAAUAACUUGGAGCAAUAAGAGUCGCUGGGAAUUUAAGAUAAGAGACCCAGACGAAGUGGCAAAAAGAUGGGGGCAGUAUAAGAGAAUAAAGAAGAUGACAUACGACAAGCUAAGCAGAGCGUUAAGGUAUUAUUACACGAAAGGAAUUAUAUCAAAGGUACGUUUGGUUGCAAAAAAAAGUAGCACUGAAUCAUGAUACCACGGAGUACUAAAUCGGCUGAAUAUCACUGAAGAUCAUGUUGUUCUAAAUUGUUAUCCCAAAGUUCAAGUUCAAUUAUUCACACUUAUUAAGUUACAAUACAACAACAAUAAGAAAAAAAAAGAAGUAAAAACAGAGCCAACUAUACGGCAUUGAAUUAAACAUAACAAAAAAAAAAAGUGCGUAGCAGCCAAAGGAGCCGUGAUUUCGAGUUGGCUACUACCACAGAGCGGUUACAAGUGGGUGGAGUACGCGUUAAACUCUCCACCCGUCAUCUUGAACCAUGAACCAUCCCCAGUCAUGUUUGCAGAUUUUUCGUGGUACAGCACAAAAGAUACUAAAUUCGAUGUUGAGUAUCACAGAUUCGGAAUAUCCUGUAAAAAAAGAACAGGUUAUAAUACCAAUCCGAAGAUAUUUUUGAGUGCGAAAUUUUGUAAUCAAAAAAGGGAGGCUGAACACAGUUUCCCUAGAAAUGCUUUAUCCCCUACCGUGCACUUGAACAUCUUUUAAUGAGGACAUGUGCAGCCGACAAGCUUUUAAAGAAAAAAAGUGCGAGGACGAGCUGAGGAAAUUGUCCAGAAGUUGUCAUUAGAAUUGUUUCCUGUUUUCGUCGCCUUUGACAAUAGCGCUUUAUACUAUUACUAAAACACCUUAGAUCCCCCGCGUGACUCAGACAAACUUUGCAUUCUUUUCCAAGGCUUUGUAUGGGAAACAUACGUUUCCGACACGAAAAUUGUUCAAAAAAUUCGCAGUGAGCGUUUUUAAAAUGUUUUUUGAGCAUAAUUCCAAUAUAUAAAAGGCAGUACUGCUAUUGGGUGCAAAACCUGGUCUAGUAACUCGAAUAAAUGGUUAAAAUCAGAAAAUAAAGUCACUCGAUCAAAGAAGGCUACUGAAAUCGGAUCCCUAGCUCUCUGUCUUAGGCAGAAAGUACCGCUAUGCACUGAAACAUGACAUAGCAUUAUUGGCUGUGUAAUACUCCAAAACCGAAAUUGCUAAAGAAAAAAUCGAGUUUGGAUGUGCUUCUAGCAAGCCUGUGACAGAAUAUCUGAGGUGAAAAGCACACCAAUAUUAGCACAAACCGGAAAUUUUUGUUGUGCGGCCAGGUAGACCAUAUGAAUCUGCGCCAAAUACUUUAGUAGUUUAUAUCUUGUAGUACUAAGUAGCGUAACAUAAGCAUUCGAAAAACAAAUUGAGGAAUCUUUGCCUAUAAAUUUAACCAAAUGCACCGUUUCACGCACGGCUAUGAAGCCCUACUCUCCACACAUUUUAACAUAAUUUUACCCACAGCAUUAGGACGCCGCAUAAGAAAUAAAACCACUCAUCUGUACAGUUUUUUCCACGUUUAACGCUGUCUUGGCACGAGUUGAUUAUUUUCACGAUAUUUAUUAUCGAAACCAAGCUGGAUUUUGUUUCCUUUAACGAUAAACAUCUUCAAAGACGACGAAAAUUUGUUGCCGAACAUGACUUUCCCAUACUAAACUCUUACACUGGUCAGGUUUAAUGUCUGAGUCACAGCAGGGACCAGAAAUUUGUGACGUCAUUAGUAGAAAGCGCUCUUGUAGCAUGAUCUCAACGCGCACAAGUCUAUUGGAAGCAAUAUGAGAGCUCUUGUUUUGUUAACUUUCAAGAUAGGCGUUGUAAAUAAACGACAAUCUCUUAAAAUCUACACCUUAAAAUGUGACGAAAUUUGGUAGAAAUAAUGUUUCUUUCCCUUUCUAAUAUAAUCAAUGAAAGCCUCAAAACAAUUCUAAAACUUUUUAACAAUUUGGUUAAGUUGUUUUUGCGUAAACCUCAUCAAUUUUGGUUUGUUUCAGUUCAAUUAUCCAUGUUGCCUUGGCAACGAUAGAAAUUUUACGUUCAAUCUUUUAAAAGUAAUAGAUGUAUUUUGUCUGUGUCAUAUUUCAGUGAAAUUUAUGCUAGCACCAAGUCUUAAAAACACCCCAAUGUUUGGUAUUAAAAUGUUCCACAACGUAUCAAACUGUGUUCGGCCACCUUAACAUUUUUUUUUUUUUCUUUUUUAAAACUUUGGUCCGGGGCACAAAUCCUUCUGUCUUAGAAUUCAACUGACGUUCCAACAGUUCUUUUGCAUACUGGCACUUCUUGCUUUUGGGAAUUUACAGCUUGAUUAAAAAAUAAAAUGAAUCGGUAAAACUUUUAUUUUUUGUGUUGAAUUGAUUCUGGUUUUAACAAAAAAAAAAGCUGAGAGAAAGAGAGAUACACCUUGAAAGAAAUAUCGAGAAAUGUUUUGUCGUUAACCCGGCUUUUUCAACAGCCAAGGGCAUUAGUUAAGUUACUUCUUUACGUCAUGCUCGAAUACUUGUUUAUUCCGAUGUACGGUAUACAAGGCCAUAAAGCGGUGCAAGAUCCAGGGCCACUCAUUUGGGGUCAAGCAAGUUGAAUCAGUAAAGCCUCCUUUAUCACUCGGCUUUUAUCUUAUACUGUUUUUAAUAAAAUACCUGGAUAUCUUGAUGCUUAGUUCGAUAUUCAUGUGCCUUUGAAUGAUGUAGAUCACUGUAGUUAAGUGUGUCUAAGAGCUUGUGUGCACGCACACCAAACGUUCUACAACGGUUUCUAUCACAAAACUGUCCUCGGUGAUGUUUCGUAGUGAAUGUCACCACAAAAUAUCAGAUGGUUGAGCCUACUCUUAUCUCCCCCCUCAAUCUUACUGAAGCCGAACCCUUGACUUUCUCUAUAUUUAUUUGCGGCCAACGAAGGCUCGGAGACAUGACUUUCUUUGCUGUAAACUAUGGUGUACAGAUAGGGUGAGCCGACAAAGUUUAUGAAUCAAACAAAGUUAUGUUAUGAAUACACACCGAUGGGUAAUAUAUUUUUGUUUCUUGAAGGUUCAGAAUCAAAGGCUGAUGUACAGGUUUCACAAGCUGCCCUACAAAUACGAACCAGGCGUAACCCGCUCACGAUACCAUGGACAAAGAAUCAGGGCAUGUUUAGGACAAAAUGGAUCUGGCGUCACGGCGUCACAGCUUGACAAUCAUGAGACCAGCACAUCAUUUGGGCACCUCAUUGUAAAUAUGAAUCCUUACAUUGUGGAUCAUCAAGUGAGAGCAGUCUAUUCAGCCCCUCCCAUGACAGACAAUGACUGGCCAAGCGAAUUUACUUGCGUUCCGGAUCACGUCGGGCUAAGAAGAUUUUCGUGGUCGUUUCCUCAAACACCGACUCCUUCGUAUUCUACACUGUGGAAUCCAGGCCCCGAGCUUCAAACGCCACCAUUCUAUGGAAGGUCGAAAAUCAUGUUCCCCAGUGUCAACAAUGCUGGAUUGCAACCAGUUAAACUAGUUGGACAAGAUAAUUCAGGUGUUCAUAAGGCAGGAACAAUAGCAUCGUCAAUCCCGGUGUCUGUAAUCAAACGUAUCUAAAAGCCUAAGAUGGACUCCGCUUGUUGGUUUGUAACCAACAAGCGGUGUUGGUUGACUUUCAACCAAUAUGGCCGCCGUAAUGUUAGCUGUAAUACAGCAAUUCAGGUUUCAUUGUAAUUUUGCUCAAGUGUUAAUACAAAAUGAAGUCAAAGGAAAAAUCAGUUUGUAGUUUGUAGAUUGUGUAAAUUAAUAUAUGUAGAUAGAAAAGCUGUAAACUGGGAUAUUUUGGCAUGAUAUUUAAUAAUGAGUAAUCUAUAGGAGUCGAUAAACAAAGUUUUUCUUUUUUAACAACAACAUAUAACUUUAUGGACAGACUUAAAGUCUAAAACCAAUACCAAUCCUAACCUAUUAUAUCACAGACAAGGGCGAUUUUAACCGUUUUUACGGUAUAAAUAACGUUAUCGUAUCGGUUGCCAUAUUAGUUACCCGAAUCAUUGCAAUGCUUAUCUUGUACUUACAGUGACGCCCCCUCACGGCCUUACGUUCGAUUGUCUGUAUAAUUACCAACCAUACAUUUAUAUACUCAUUCUUGUAUUAUUACCUUCCAAACAUAAAUCUCUUGAUCAAAAAAUAAAGGACAAACAGUGGUGAUAAACAUUGCGAACUUUGGCAUUUGUAUGAUAGACUUUUCGUAUGCUAGUCAACAUACAUUUUCAAAAGUGAUCUAACGUUACCGUUACAGAUUAUGACGAGACUAUAUACACAAAAUUUUGAAUAUGGGGACAUUGAAUAUAUAGGGGAACUGGGAGUAUUUAAUAAAAGGGUAAACCAUCUUUCAGUCAGUGUCCAUUAAAAUGACCUGCUGUAAACGGCUGUACAACAUUCCCAAAUACUUUUGUCAGGGAUUGUAGUUACAACACCUACCAAGUUGUAAAUGGAACAGUUUCACCUCGUUAAAAUAACCCAAACAUAUUUAUACAGAAUUAAUAGAGACACAAUGAUUUCCCCCUACCCCUGAGAGAUUUUCUAAAGACGACCAACAGCCAAGAGAAAUCCCCUGCCCCAGGUCCCCUGCAUGCUUUUCGAUCUAAAGCACCCUCCCCUAGUAUUUGCAUGUGGGGGGCUGCCGGACAAGUGAUUUGAAUUAGGGAGGGUGAGGAUACUUAUCCCCCCGAGCACUCCUGCCUUCGCCGUCCCUUUUACUUUUUGUUAUUACUACGAGGAUCCCUACGCUUGUGUCGGGGGAAUUAUGCCCCAUCUUUCUAGAUGUAUUAACCUACACUACGUUCAAAUGACAUCAAGGUGAUUGGUUUUUCAUUUUGAAACGCACUAGAUUUUUAUCUAUAUCCAAACUUCCCAAGCUGUGCAAACCGUGGAGACGGCGAGUUUUAGUUUCGAUGUACAAGGAGCAAUAAUUUUGAAAGAAUUAUCGAAGCAGGAAGUUUUGUUUUUCAUUUGAGUAUAACGGAUGUCUUUCACACUACUGGCCAGCCAACGAGGCCAGGCACGUCAUGCCAAGUGCAUCUCUUAAACUAUGAGUUUCGUAAUGGUUUGAAACAAUAGACCUCUUUUCGGUUCCUCCUAUUGCACACCCAACAUGGUGUACUCUAGCGAACAGUUCAUUAAACUCCAUGGAAUUCACCGCAGUGACGUUCCUAUAUAUAUAUAUAUAUAUAUAUCUAUAUUAAGCACAAAUAUGAUACGAAAAAAGGCAGAUGCAAUUAAGGACGUUACGUAGAGACAUUGGGAAAACACACCCAGGAAAAAGAGGUCAUAAGCUCUUGAUUUUAAUAUAUUUUCUUUAAUAUCAGGUUUAAAUUUCAGCUGAAAAUCAAACAUUCCGUAGAACGUAUUUCGUAGAACGUAAAUUCUACUGGAAUAUUUGUAAAACAAGUGAGCAAUUCAAAACAUACAGAUCAUGUUCUGAACAUUCUACUGCUCAAUAAUUCACAUUGUACCAUAUCUAUAUUUUUAUUUAUUAUAUUAUACUACCAAUUUAAGCAUGGCCAAACAAGGAGGGAAGGAAAUAGAUGAACAUUGUUUGAAAAUGUCAAUAAAUGUGUGACAUCCAUAUUAGGCAUGUUUCAAAAGUGUUUUGACACAGCUGAUUGCGAAGCGGAACUGAAACCAAAACGAACAUAAAAAGCCCGGAAGUUCUAUUAUUAAAUGGUGUUCCGGUAAAUAGGUCCGCCGGAAAAAUGAUUAAUCGAAAAUUCACGACAUCCCUUGACUACCAUAAAAACAUCCUUCAUGAUUAGCCAUCUAUAUGAUAACACUUUGAACUCGUUUAAGUUAUGAUUUAAAUAAAACUCAAAUUUCACAUCAUAAAAUAAAAACCUUAGUAAAUAAAGUCAUAUUUGAGCUCCAGUUUGCCUUUUUUUCUCUGAGUAUUUUUGCCCUUAAGUUUUCACUAAUAAUUGUAUAUACUCAAAACUUAAUCGUUUUCUGUUUUUAUCUUUUUUGCACUGUGUAAUUUGAGCAUUAAACAGUCAGUUAAUAAAGGGUUGGACAAUAUUCAAGACUGGAAGGAAGCGUAAAGCUAAGCUUUCAGAACAACUCUUCGAUGGGAAGUACGAUGCUGUUAACGGGAAGAAGUCUCCGAUUUCAAGUUAACGGAACUUUAUAGGAGUUCUGUUAAUACGACAAAAAAAUCGGAAUAUUAAGUUUAAGCUUUAAACUUUUAUCGUGUCUAAAUACACGACGAGACUCCUUCGCUUAGUCACAGCCAAGAAGCAACUAAUUAAAAGAUUAAACUGAAGAAAAUAGGGCUAUACAAUCGUUUUAUCGUGAGAAUAUUGGUUGUGAACGUUUUUUGACAGUCAAAGAUCAUUAAGGGCAACUGAUUACUUUAUUUUCAUAAACACGUUACAAGCAUUCAAAGUGUUCCAUGAUGGUUAUGAUAUCCUAAACUAAAUUGAUACUGAUUAUGAUCCUCUCCCCCUCGAUUCUGUAUUUUUCCAAAGCCGACUUAUGCACAUGGAUCGUCUGGAAAUUUUCACUACUUCAUUUCUGUUUUGGUUUCUGGAAUUUAGUAAGCUGUAGUAAACUUGUCCAUCAGCAAUGCGGAACUUUUUGGUUUUUUAAUUAAGGGGUGAAGUUUGCAGCCUGGGUUUUUCAUUGUUUAACCCUGAACUCGGCAACAAUUGUGAAACUUUGCCAACUCGCUCUCGAUCUUUCUAACGGGCAAUAAAUUUUUGUAAGUAUAAACGAAAACGAAACAGCCAGCACCACGCCAUUUUUUGAUAAUAUCGUCAAGUAUCUGAUGUGAAAGAGUGAAAAGCAAAACAUGUGAGAAUAUAUGGGAUCACCAUUUAAGAGAGUUCCUUAGUCCUGCAAUUAUAUAUGUCUUAACCCAAACAAUAUCAUUGCCUUUUGACACUUCUUUCUGUCGAUACAAAAGCGAAGUAGUGGACUGUUUGAUGGAAUGUAGGGAGAUUGUACAAGGAUGUAUCUUUAAGUAAACUGAUGAAUCGCAGUUUACUUUUUAACAAACUCAACAUAUUAAAUUUCCGGGUAGCUAACAUCCACAAACUACAUUCAUAUCUCUUGGAGGCUGGGAUCAGGGCACUGAGUGUCUGCAUACAAGAGAGACUUAAUCCAUGCAUCAAUAUUGGGAGAAGUUCUAGUGUCAGUAAAAUCAGAACAUAAUCAGGACAAAAGAUUAUGACAUCAAUGUUACGAUCCCCUGAGUGAAAUUACAUUGAUCUUUAAAUAAAUCUCUCAAGCAUAUAGCUAAGGAAAUUUAUGGAGACUAGAAAAGACAAUUUUUUUUGUGGACUUGGGGCUAAAUGGGUUAAUGAAAAUGAGUUACACACUGGGAAUGGCAGGACUAAGUCGUUUUAAACCGUCGUUUUAGGACUCUUAAGCCGAGUUAAGGUUACGUGGCAGAGAUGACUAACUCUAACUUUCAAACUUUUAAACGAAAUUAUGUGGUUCAGUCGCAUUCACAUCAGUGAAAACUCUUUGGGAAAACUUGUAACAAAGUACUAUUUAAUGUUUAUUUCUUAGUAUUUUUCUUUUUUUUUUUUUUAAAAAAAAGGGCCACUGAUAGAAGUUGUAGCGUUAAGUGCGUUUAUAGGCUAAAUCCGUUCAAGUGAAAACUAAACAAAAAAAAAGCGAGUUCCUGUCGUUCAAUUGUGCGCGUGUUCCUAUAAAAUAAAUGCAGUAUCAAGCAGUUUAUCAAUAUACAAUAUUUGACACAGGAACACAGCUGAAGAACGUUCACAUCACGCGACUUCCUGUUCCCAUUCACUCAAAGUGUACAACUUGCUGAUUUGACUCCAGCUCAGAACGCUAUCGACAGAGGAGCGGACGACAUGCCAAAAAUAGGUCCUUUUACCAAAGCUAAUGAAUUUAAAGGUAUGAGUUUUGUUUUAAGCUGUUUGCAGUUAAGUUCUGAAAACGGAAUCGAAUAUAAUCCCAUAUGGGUUUCAUGAAUUGGGUAACUAACUAAACGUCGUUCGUUCAUGACCAUGGCAAAGUCGUUAUUUUAGCUUCUUUUCUUUAUUUUUCGGAGUUAGUUAAGAUCUUUAAAUCACAAAUUGCAAGGCAAAGUAUUGUCGAGAGACUCCCAGCCACCCAACAACCUUAGCUAACCAUUUCUGAUCGCUCUUAAACAUCAACUUAUUUUCUUCAGAUAGAGAUAAACUAGAAAUUAAAAAUUCGGAGGGCGUUUGUUAGCUUUACACAAAUGCAAUCCCUUUUAAUCUUACCAUGUUUAGCCCAUCCAUGACCACUUUAAGAUUUGCCAUAUUCAUAUUUGGUUCUUCUGUAGUUUGAAGAUGUUAUUUCAGUUGAUACAGUGUAUUACUGGUAAUAUGAUAAUGACCAGUUGGCAAAUCUUUAAAUUGACAAAAUUGCAAACUGCAAACAUUGCUAAUUAAACAUGACCAAUUAGCACCUUUAACCUUUCAGGCUUAAACAAAUACACACAAAAGAUUUAUUGCGUCUGUGGUAAUAAUAAUAAUAUAACCGUGAAAACUUCUCUUGAUAUAGCCAUUUGAAGUACAUCAGCGUCUUACAGUACAUUUGGUGCCAAAGUGGCAGUUUAAUUUAUAAAACGCACAUUAGAGAAACUUUUCGAAUCGAAUUAAACCUUUGUUCGCAGAUGGAUGAUUUAGUGAUGAUUUUGAGUCGUGGACGAAAUAUUCUGGGUGUGACACUGAGCUUUCACUAUGAAAUGAAAACUGUCCUUCACAGGCAACCCUAACUAGGCUUCUAUUAACAGUUCUUUUUCUUUAGCAGCUGAAUGUAUGAAUGAAUCAUGACAAUUAGACAAUUUAUGGUGGUGUUGACUGAAUAUAAUACCUCCAAAGCGUAACAGACAAAAUCGCCCGUAAGGUUUACCUGUGUAGCGGCAAAGUAUGAAGUCUCGCGAGUCAAACGUCAAAGCGCGAAAAAGCUGGGCGAGGUUCAACUUUUACGUUUAUGCUGACCUUUAGUACAUCACGCUUAUUUUAUUCAAGCACGUAAAUUUUAUGAGCGUGGGAACGUAGACAUUAAGGCGUAGUGGAAAUUCAAACAUAGGGAAAUGCUUCAGGAAUUCAGCUUUUUGAACAUAAACUUUGUUUAACUCAAUAUUGUGAUUCUGGUGAGCGUUUGUCACCCAAUCACAACAUUGUCGUGAGGAUAGAAGUUUGGACAUUGGCAAUUGUGAAGAGUUAAAACUCAUUUAAACUUGGUCAAAACUGUCUGGGAACGUUCUAAGUAUUGUAUUCUGAUCUGAUAAUAUGACUGUCUGAAACCAAGGUAUUAUAGUACAUUGUUAAUGUGACUGUCUGAAAACCCAGACACUUCAUCAUGCUACAUUGUUGUAACGAUGUUGUUAAGAGUAUAAACUCGUUACAACCGUGACUUGUUCAGACCAUUGUCAUCACGUUCUAUUUUGUUUUCUAAUGAUCCGAUUGUUUAACUCACAAUCUGAAUUGUUGUGAGAAUAUUGUUGGAUGUCAAUUUGAUAAAACUUAGUUAAUAUGUAAUUUUGUUCUCGAAAUGUUAAAGCAGCUUGCACCCAUUUAAGAGCAGCGUAACCCUGGAUGAUAGACAUGUUUAUUGAUUCUUGUUAGUCUGGCGGACAUUUAAGUGAUUACUUCUCCCAACAUCACACUCAGAUCUCUCAGCAUUCUCUUAGUUAUCAAAUGUCGUGUGGAGAACUGUGAAUCGUACUCUUCACAUAGGCUUUCAACAAAUAUAAUGAGAUUGUAGAGACGCAUUCUUAACGCCGAUUGUUUACCUUCGGCGUGAAUUACAAAUACAAUCAUCUUUAUUUACAGUGCCAGGUCAAGCGUACCCCCUUGCAUGGAUUCGGUUAUUGCGCUCAUCAUUUGAAACUUAAAUCUGUUACUUUAGUUGCCAAUAUCAGAUAUAUUACUUGACUUUCAGUUGCAUAUGUCACUGGUGAGCUUCGAAUUCUGACGCGCGAGGAAGCUAAGAAAAGAAGGGUGAAAAUAUGACACUUAUACGAGCCUAAAGAAGAUAAUAAAAUUGAAUUAUCAAUUCAUAUGAAAAUUACAAAAAAUCUUUUGUUGAACCUGAAAAAAAAUUUUUGACUUAAGUUGAAAACAACUUUUUUCAUGAUUCACUUUAGCAUUCAUUUUCACGCAUUGAUAAAUUGAGCUUUUAAGACUGAGAUUGUUCGUCGGUGAUUUGUUUAUCUAUUAAUGGUAUCACUUCCCUUUUCCCAAGCCCUUUCAGUUUCGGUUUAUUUACCGUACGGCAAAAGUUACAAAACUUCAAGGAGGCUUGACAUAUUUCGGUUUCGUAUAGUGUACACGUGCUUUUUGUUUCUGACCUUCCCCUUGCAAUUGCCUUUGACGGACGCAAGAUGUUGUUAUAUGGUGCAUAUUUUUGUUUAGCUUGUUUUUUUUGGUACACACACUCACACACAUUUUGCCGCAGUACUCAAAGCAGCAGAAAUAAAUUUAAGACUCAAAUUGUUAGAUGUCCGUAGCAGGUUGUUUGCCUAAACUUGAAUUUUUGGAAUAAAAAUUCAAGAUGGCGGUUGCCUUAAAUGACGUCACAGGUCCUAAGGAGCGCCAUUUCGCCAUAAUAUUAAGACAUUUUGCGGAAUAAUCUGCAUCUUUUGCAUUGCUUACAAAUCACCAGUUAAAUGACAAAGAAUUGCAUCACCCUUGAAAUCGGUAGUUUUCGUCACUGAAAAGCAAAAGAUAAUCACAGAGCGGCUUUAAAUCAUGUUAAAUCAGUGGAGCUUUAGUUUUGGUUGAAUGUGACCUACAAGGUAUUUAGGCACUUGCAGGAACACUAAACGAAUUCAGUUUUAGUAAAGGAUGUAUUCUUAAAGUUUAACUUAAACCUGUUAUGAAAAUGAUAAUUUGCAACAAUAACUCAGGGAUUCCCUUUCAGGCCAUUACGGCCAAGCUCUUUCAAAGUUUAAAUUAAUGUUCAGUUAAAUAAAGUAUCUUAAACAAUCCUCUAGAAAGAAAUCCAUUUCAUUGAUAGAUUACAAUGAAAUCUACUAAAUAAAUGGAAUCUGCUGAAAACUAUAGCUUCCCACGCAGACCUUUUGGCCCUUCGUGCAAUCUCGAUGAUAACCUACGUGGGAGACUAAGGGAAAGAAGUCUGCUUUAGUAAUCACAAUUACCAAAGGAUCAAAUAUUUGGGAAUUAAACCUUUUUAAUACACGUCCGGUCCAGAGCUUGUUUCAGUCUGAAUCCGGUACUUUACAAUAUGACCCGGAAAACUCUGCAUUACUGAAGAUUUAAACUGAGAAUUUAUCAUCUUCUUACAAACGAUAUUCCGUCUUUAACUCGGGAUAAGUAAGUCUCUAACAUGGAACCAUAUCAAGAAUUUUCUGAUCCAGUUAACACUACCAGACCACGCCUUUUGCUACCGAUACAGUAAUUUGUGCAAAAUAUUAAUGUGGAAUAAUAGCGUGAUUUAUAAUCGAAUCAAUAAGCGUUUUUAGAGAUUAAGGAAAUCCCGAAUGCUCCCGGGCGACAGAAGAAAGCAACUGUCCAAAGAGUUAUCUUUUUUUUCCCAAAAAACUCGAUAUUUAGUUUUCAUAGAUGAUAUCAUAUUUACCGGAUGCGGUUAAAAAGGAAUGUUUCGAGAAAGAGAGAACAACCUGGGCGAAAUGAAACAGCAACUGAUCGUCGGUUUUCACCCACUGACGACAGUGUGAUUGGGAUUCUGCGGAGUGAAGUAACAUUCAAUUGGAUUUUGAACAACAAGUGUCAUGUUUUUCUAUCACAGUGAAUUUCAAGGUAUGAUCUAUCUACAGUUUUAAACUGCCCUUUCUGUAGUUGAAAACUUUCUUACCCUUCGAUAAUCCUAAGAGAGACAGGAAUUGCCUCGUUAAUAAGGUACACAUUUAGUGGUUUCUCUCUCUAGUAACUGUGAUUUCUUGCACAGGCUAAAACGGAAAUAUUUGGAUUUACCUUUAAAAGAUCCAUAACAAAACUUUUGUUAAUGGACAGUAAAGUGUGAAAAUUCAACAAACAUCAGAUUAGUACUGUAAUUUCCUAUGUGUGUAAAUUGAGUGAACCGAUUAAAAUGAGAACUGCGUAAAAUCCACAUGAAAACAUCAAAACGUUCGACGGNCACUGACGACAGUGUGAUUGGGAUUCUGCGGAGUGAAGUAACAUUCAAUUGGAUUUUGAACAACAAGUGUCAUGUUUUUCUAUCACAGUGAAUUUCAAGGUAUGAUCUAUCUACAGUUUUAAACUGCCCUUUCUGUAGUUGAAAACUUUCUUACCCUUCGAUAAUCCUAAGAGAGACAGGAAUUGCCUCGUUAAUAAGGUACACAUUUAGUGGUUUCUCUCUCUAGUAACUGUGAUUUCUUGCACAGGCUAAAACGGAAAUAUUUGGAUUUACCUUUAAAAGAUCCAUAACAAAACUUUUGUUAAUGGACAGUAAAGUGUGAAAAUUCAACAAACAUCAGAUUAGUACUGUAAUUUCCUAUGUGUGUAAAUUGAGUGAACCGAUUAAAAUGAGAACUGCGUAAAAUCCACAUGAAAACAUCAAAACGUUCGACGGGACCGUGUGGAAAUUCCACAAACAGAUAUCUGCAGUGAUUUCUCGUGCGAUUGUUUUUACUAAUCAAUAAUAACAUUUCCCCUCUUAGUCUUAGAUGACCUUGGGUCUCUAGUUAGAACUUAAAACUAAGCGUAGUCUAACUUGAUGAACUAUACAUUUAGUCUGAAUAAAACAAGAUAUUUCAGUCUGCCAGUUUGUGCACAGCUGGUGUGGAUAAACCGGCCGGAGCCAAAGAUUUGACUACGAGCACGCCGUACUAUGCACGCAUGGUACCAGUAGGAGCGAGGGUUGUUACACUUGGAAUUUUCAGUCAGUUGUAUCCCCAGAUAUCUCAACCUCUCUUAGCAUGCUGUUAAAGAGACAUUGGGAAUAAGAUUCUUGUCAUUAUUAUCUGGGGCUCACGAACCUUGUUUAAAAUUGAUUCACCCUCCUACUAAAUAAAUCUCGCAUACAUGUUGUCCAAUAUAUAAAGAUACUAUUGACUCUCAUACCAAGGAAAGUUGAUGAUCUACAAUUUAAUGUUACUCAUGUGUGUUUUGGUAAAUUCCCUUUCUUGCCGCUUAGUUUCAGUUUCAUUUUAAAAGGAGCACGUACAUGUUACUUCAAAUAAAUUGUGCUUAGUCAUCGUAAUAUCAAUACGUAAAAUAUACUACCUACAAAAUGCAACCAAAAGUAAGCAAAUGUGUGAAUCGGGUUUGGAAGCAGGCUGCAUACCCUAUACCACCAAUGCGACCAGAAGAAAAAAGGGGUGAGCUUUUAAGAAAUCAUUCUACAACUACUUAGAAUUCACGGAAUUACUGAACGAGUUAUUUACUCUUCUUUCUUGAAAAACUUGCAUAUUGCCCUGAGUGAGCGAAUAAUGCAUAACGUAACUGACAAACAAAAUAAUCCUUUACAAUUUGCAGUUCCGUUUAAGAAUUAAAAAAUUCAAAUCAACUUCUCAUUAUUAAGAGGGAUAUCUAUCUGAAGGUAAAAUAAAUAAUAACUUGUUAGCAUAUUUUCCUGAGUUAAAAUAACUCAUAGCAUAACUCACCAACAAUUUGCCAUUCUGUGAAUGAAAUUUUCGACCCAGUUCUCAUUGUUUCGCGUGGCGGAUAGAUUUAGUAAACGUUUCUUCGAAAAACUCCUUCUUGUCGUACGGUUCUGAAGAGUGGAAGCUUCCUUUUACCGCUUGUAACGGAACCCUGAAGGACAGUACUGAGACGUUUUGAACAGCCUACAGCAGUUCAACAGUUUAUUUGCAUAUUAAGUUUGUCAUUUGGGUUGUUUUUGUUCUGAAUUUUGAAAAAAAACAUGCACGCUUUUCGAGAACAAUGCAUCAACCUAUAACAGCAUUGAGAAUGCAAUACUCUGGGGAUGGACAUCUUCACGCUGUUCAAAACACUGACCGCACGCGUUUUAACAAGUUCAAAAAUUCGAGCACGAAUAUUCUAAACAUCAUGUAAUGAUCAAAACAUUUACAGUUGUGUAGGACUUUCGUUGUUUGGCAUUUUCAAUUUUGACAUUACAGAAAUUCCCUCAGGUCAAUUCGUUGUGUAUUCGCUCGCUGGGAUAAACAAUGACUUGACGCGACUCCUGAGCUACCGUCAUCGAGCUUAUACUUUGCUUAUUUGCAAUACGAACAUUAAGAGCCUGUUUACGUGGAGGUGGGGGACCCCAGAUAGAUGAGGUACAAUUUGGCGGGUCACCCCACCUAUCAUGUAAGCGUGAUCAAAUUAAAAUGAGAGAUUAUAUGGACAGGCGGGUUACCACACCUAACUGGGGCCCCCCUGCUCCAUGUAAACAGGCCCUAACUUAUAGCAAAGUGGAAAAUUAUUUUACUAAAUUUUAGCACGUUUAGGGUUUUCCGAUUUAGCGGAAAUUCUGCGGAAGUGGAACUAGCCAGUUUCAAAUAAGUUCAAUUUCUAGCCUUUCUAUUAGUGAAAUUCGUUUAACACUCACUACUGUAAGUAAAUUGCUGGAUUGUUUGUAACUUUUAACACUUUAAGGGCCUGUUUACACGGAGGUGGGGGACCCCAGGUAGGUGAGGUAACCCGCUUUGGUGGGGUCACCCGCCUGUCCAUAUGAUCUUUUAUUUUAAUUUGAUUACGUCUACAUGAUAGGUGGGGUGAUCCGCCAAGGCGGGUAGCCCGGUCUGCCAGACCGGGCAACCCUCUCAGCCGGGGUGAAAUUUUGCCAUGUAAACGUUCAAGGUGGGGUAACCCGCCUGGCCGGGGUCGGAUUCGUGAUACAUCAAAUUCGCGCAAAAUUCACUUUGGUGGUGGCUUUGCAUCAUUAUUAAAGGAAACAAUAGAAAGCCACAGCACUGAAUGUUGCAGCAAGAGCAACAAGUGAGUGUUGAAGAGCAUUAAACGCCAAAACACGUGGUUUGCCAGCAUAUUUCUUGUUUACGUGCUUAGCGACCAUUCAAUAAUCUUGACAAAGUGCACCCCGGGAUGGCGGGUUGUAAGAUUGCAUGUAAAGGAGGGUUAUUGUUUUACCCCACCUAAGGGGGUUACCUCACCUACCUGGGGUCCCCCACCUCCAUGUAAACAGGCCCUAAGACCCUGUUUACAUGGAGUGGGGGACCCCGGUCUAGUGGGGUAGGUUUCUUUUGUUUUGUGUCCCCAGAGCGUGAAAACAAAAAAAAACCAACCCCACUAGACCGGGUCCCCCACUUCAUGUAAACAGGCCCUAACACCUUACGAGACCAACUGCAGCGCUCAACUUUAUAUUAUUCUUGCAAAGUUACAUAUAAUCGAUUCACCAAGAAAAUCAGGAUUCAAGGAAGUAAUUUCCAUGGCCAAAUCUUUCGAGUCUCAGGCUGAAGAAGACGAGAAAAAAAAAAAUGGAAUAUUGCUCUUCAGCCCCCAACAAAUCACGGCACGUAAAUAGUGCAAGCAAAAAUCACAAUACACCGUGAAAGUCGGGCUUUGCACUCUCAGAAACAAAGGUGCUGAAGUAUGGAAGGUUAUAAUGUUUCUAAUACUGGGUUUAUAUGCGGAGCGUGGGAAGAAGGUUUUCACCCUAUUCUUUCUACCAUCAAAACUAAGCAGGCACUCAGCCUAAUUUGUCUAAACCUUCAUUUUGAACCAGCUUAAAAUGUGUGUUUUUCCAAAGAAUAUGCAUGUAACAUAUGUGCUACUUUGUUAUUCUUUUGUUAUUCAAUAAGUUGUCAUAUAUAAGGCUUUCUUCUGCAACUAUCCCGCGCCUUAGUGGGAACUCAUGGAAUUUCGCGCCAGUGUCAAAAAAUAUUUGCAUGCGCUUAGUUUGUUGGAAUGCACCAAUAACUAUGAUUGCACAUUCCGCCGUCUGUAUAAAUUCAUUGAGCUUUUGCCAUAGUUUUCAACCCUCACCCUAACCGACAAAACGCACAGAAUCGAAUAGAUAUCCACAAGUACACAAAAUUGCGAGAUGCGAUGCCUGGAGACUUCCCGGCGUCUUUCCCAGUUUGUAGGAGAGGAGAUAUACAAUGUUGUUCCUUUCUGUUUAUAAAUUAUCGUAUUUAUAUGGCACUCGAUGAGACAAUGAAAACGAUUCUUAUUUACGUUUGACGUAGCAAAAAUAGAAAUAACCUGCGAUAAGGCCUCCCAAAGAAAAUAGGAAAAUCUAAGGACCGCCUGAUCGCAGGUUAAUGAAGAAAUAUUAGAUAUGGUCCCAGGAUAUCAUCCGGCAAACAAAAGCAGAAUUGUUUACUUUUUUCCUUGUUAGCGUAUAUGCUUUAUCUUUUUUAAACGACUUUUAAAAACCGUUAGCACCGAGUGUGAAUUUAUUUGCAGCAUACGCGUAUUGGCCAAAUGCGACCGGCUAGACACAAAUACUGCAAAUGAAUCCUCUUGUUUAAGAAAAUAUUUACCAAGCAUGUUUGUGCUCAUUUAUCCUUUUACGAUCCAGAUAUUUUGCAUAAACAAUGAUAUCAUGCAAAGAUUUACUUACAGCGAAAGAAUCAAGAUGACCGUUUAAAGUAUAAUGGAAUCAAUUUCACAUCUCGGAAAAAUGGCUCGAACUUUCGCUAAAUCGGAAAACCCUAUUAAUGAGAACGUGUUCUGAACACUCUAAAUAACAAGUGAAAGAAAAGGACGGUGAAAGAAACGAAUAGCCCCCUUUAGCUUACAAGUACGUUUUGUUUUCCCAGGGGAACUUAACCCUUUGUCUUCUCAUAAUUUACGCGUAGAUAUGCACGUGAAUAAGACGAGAUUUGAAAGAAACAGUUCUCUUGGAGUAUUGUCACAUGACCUGUAUUUGGGAAAAUAGAAUGUCAAGUUAAAGAGGUCUAUUGCCCUUAACCCUUUAAACCCUAAGACCCAAAUUUGAAUUCUCAUUUGUUGCCUCUAUUCAUCUCCUACAGAAGUAGUGGGAAGAAGUUGAGAAAAUAUCAAGCAAAUUCAUCUUGUGUGAUCAUGUCCGUAAUUCUCGUGACCACUCUUUCUUUUACAAAGCAUUGAUAUUACAACGAGAAAUUUGAUACUGGUCACUCUUAGGGCUUAAAGGGUUAAGGUUGGUGAGCUGAGACUGGGAUGUUUUCUGUGAUAGAUUCAUGAGAGACAAGUAAGCGAACGAUCGAGUGGUUGAGGCUUUCGUACAUAAAGAGAAGGUUUUUUUACCAGGGACAAUUAAACAGGUACAAAUAUAUCUUCAAAUGACUUAAAAUUGUUACGAGUGCGACGUCGCCGACGGAAUUUCCGAACUCCUGUUGUCUCUUAGAAAUCCCGGUUACCUCUUCCUUUGGCUGAUCAACUCCCUGUUGGUCACGAAAAGGCAGAUAGAUAAUGUUGAGAUACAAGAUUGAUUUGAAAAGUACCGUAUUUGUAGUCCAAAACCUUUCAGUUUCGAAUCCUUAAGAUCAGGGGAAAGUGACGACAGCGACUGGAGGUCUUUUAAAAAGUGAAUUCGCGAUUAUUCCGACCUAUGUCAUAGCCAACUCACUUUGUCAAAUGUAGACGAACUUUCCUGCCGAGUUGAAUUCCUACGAACCAUAUCCAAUUCAAGUUCUGAGAGAGAGAAAGUUUUGUCUGCGCUUCUGUACGUCCUCCAUAAAGCGUGAACUCUGGGCACUUUACGUCGUGGUCGUGCAGUGACGGCAAGGAAAUGUACAAACAAGCGCAAUGCACAUGCAGAGAUGUUGUUUUGCUUAUUAAAAAUUUUAAGCGUUUUCACUCACGUUGCCAACAGCUACGCCAAUUUGUUACCACAAAAGAAAGCGUUUACUUAAAAGGAAAAAAAGUUCAACUUCCACGACCAAUACUGGUUUGGGACACAAACAUGGCGGAUGUGCGUGGCGGACGUGCGUGCAAAGGCUCUAUUGUUUUUGUUAUUUCAGCGUUGUCAUAGGACCUUGCGGUCCCUACAACGGGCUUAUCUCCGGUGUAAUGUAAUUUGUUACUCACAGCUGAAACAAAACAAAGAACACAAAACGUCCUUAACAAUGGACCUAAGCCCGACAAUUCUUAUAAUCCAUAAAACAAAGAAAACGAAUAGAUUAUAUUACACCGGGGAUGACCCCUAUAACGCAAAGACCUUUCUGUAAAGAGCUUUCGAGUGAAAUAGGUAUCCUCAGUAAAGAUUAUACUAUUAUCGUUAUAAUUAGUAGUAUUAGUAUUAGUUAGUAUUAGUAUCAUCAUCCUUCUUAAACACAGCUUCUACGAAUGCCUUAAACAUCAAGUCAAUGCCCGUGACCUUAGGAGUCUAAGACUAAGCGAAGGUUCUAUUUCGAUGAUUCUAAACGACAUGUGACACCAAUCCCUGCUGCUAACUACUUUUCUAUGUCGUUCGAGACAGUUCCUAAUGACAAAAGGCCACUUGUACAAUGGCGUCAUUUUACUACUACGACCAGAAUCCUUUACGUUUUUCCUUUCAUAUUUAAAUUAGUAAUCUCAGCGAGGAUUAAAUCACAAAAAGAGCCAUUGUCUUUCUCUCGGGUGUCAAGUGGACACUGCAUCAUCAAUAAUCAGACACUUCUGUUCUAUCUUAUCCAAUAACAGAACGUCAGGCUUGUUGAGUUCAAUCUUGUUUACAGUCUGUAUUUUGAAGUUCCACAGCUUGUUGUUAGUGAAUUCAUACACUUGUUGUGGCUCAUGGUUGCAAUAUUUUUCAUCGCUGUCAUAGGCCAGCUUUCCACAUUAUUAUUAUUAUUAUAAUUAUUAUUAUUAUUAUUAUUAUUAUUAUUAUUAUUAUUAUUAUUAUUAUUAUUAUUAUAAUCAUCAUUUGCGCUCUUAUAAUAUAGUUGAUCGCCAGCAUGUGGAGGCGUCAGAUGGGCCAACAGGACAAGGUUCAGACAGCAGCUCAGUUACUCACUACAAGAAUAUAGUCCACUUGUGGGAAUUCUUGCUGGAGCUUCUAGCUGAUGAAAGCUGCCGUUCAAUCAUAACUUGGAGCAACGAAAAUCGUAUGGAAUUCAAAAUAAAAGUUCCUGAUGAAGUGGCCAAAAGAUGGGGGCAAUUCAAGAGGACACGGACCAUGACGUAUGACAAACUAAGCAGGGCUCUGAGAUUUUACUAUAGCAAAGGAAUCAUUCAAAAGGUGAGUUCAAUAGAACCCUCCAUUGCGACCUCACCCAAUGAUAUGCCAAGGUUUUUUAGAUUUCAAAUGUAUGUAGUAUUAUGAUAGUGGAAAUGUUCCUCGCAGUUGAACAAACACCCUAAGCAGUUGAAAAAAAAACGUUCACCGGGAUAUCGAACCUGAACCUUUGCGAUGGUCGGACGCAACGCUCUAUCCAUUAAGCUUAUCAAGCCAACUGGAGAGCAGGCCAUUGUGAGUUCGUCAGGGGCACCCAACGUCAAUUUUCGUAAAAUAUCUGUUCGGAAGACGAUUUGAGAUCUAGAAUUUUCGGAACAUUUGUUGUAAAAUUUCUUGCUUUCCUGCCUCUCCUAGGAUUUUCGAACAUUUAAAAAAUGGUAUAACUGCCCAUUUUAAACAGAUUUUUACCCUGAAAAGGUCACCUAGAAUUUCCGGGAGCCUUUCUUCUAGCUGAAAUUUUCGAAAAGGUAAGUUUUCAUCCCUUCAAUUUUCGGAUCGGAUUUUCAGCUAUAAGAAGUGAUUUUUAGGGGAUAAAAAUAUGCCUAUAUCUCAAUCUAUCUAUAUUUGAAUACUAAAAUGUGUUUAACAAUGCUAUGUUUAAGUGGUUUUGAACUAUAUUCUCGUUGGGUGCCACUGGUUCGUAAUAUACCCGAUGGUGGAAAUGAAAUGGAUGGAAAUAUUUGCGAGGAUCAUUUCCACUUUCAUGCCAUUAUCUGCAGUUCAAAAUAUGAGUCACCUAAUAUACUUCGAUUAAUGUGUGAAGUAAUGUUACUGGAAAAACUGAAUUACUCUGGUACUGAGUUUGAAAAGGUGGUCGCUCGUUUUUCCAGCUUCAUUGCGAUACGAUAAUAACAAUAGUCUCCGUCGCAACUGGCGCAACCCACUAAAAAACUUCAAUUUUACACCAGCCAUUUGUAUGAGGAGCGGUUAAAGGCGAGUUGGUCACACAGGAAAGUUCGUGUGCUGUAAUGUCAUGGAUUAGAGGACAACAAGACGCGCCCUCUUUACAUUAUAUAUUAACAUUUUAACAGUCAACUCGGACGUCAGCACUCAAUGGCGCCAGUGGCAGCCACUAUCUGUUCAUUUAUGAGCUUUCUGUAACCCACCCACAGCCCAUGAUAUGAAUGAUGCGUGAAAGGAGGACCACAUCACCGGGAAAACUUCUCCUAGUCUUUUCGAACAUUAGUGUGCGUUCUUUUACGUCCCCUUCCAUUUGACUAAUGAAAGAAGGAUGAAGGAGACAAGGCCAACGGCUUAACGUCACCGCCCAUGCAACAGGGGCACCCAACGACAAUUUUCGGAAGAAUAUCUGUUCGGAAGACGAUUUGAGAUCUAGAAUUUUCGAAACAUUUGUUGAAAAAUUUCUUGCUUGCCUGCCUCUCCUAGGAUUUUCGAACAUGUAAAAAAUGGUAUAAUUGCCCAUUUUUAACGGAUUUUUACCCUAAAAAGGUCACCUAGAAUUUUCGGGAGCCUUUUUUCUGGCUGAAAUUUUCGAAAAAGUAAGUUUUUAUCCCUAUUAUUUUCGGGUCACUAGACUUUCAGCUAGGAAAUUCGAACAGAUGAAAAACUUUUAGGGGAUAAAAAUAUGCUUAUGUCUACCGCUUAAAUACUAAAAUACGUUUAACAGUGCUAUGUUUAAGUGGUUUUGAACUAUAUUCUCGUUGGGUGCCCCUGAUGCAAUGACGCAGUGGACAGUGUCAUCUUUCGCGUGAGUUAUAGGACUAUCGCAUCUAACUAUCAUUUUGCAUUUCCUAUCUUAGGUUCCAAAACAAAGGUUGGUGUAUCGGUUUCAUAAGCUGCCUUACAAAUACGAACCAGGCGUGACACGUUGGCGACCUCAUGGACAGAGAAUCAAGGCUUGCAUCACACAGAACGAGUCUAGCGUGACGACUACAGAGUACGGUGGCCAUGGAAUCAAUUCAUACAUUGGGCAGCGUGGAGCCGGGAUAAAUCUAUUCAUUGGGCAGCGACAAGCGUUUCAGAAAGAAAAGCCAAUUACCCCUCCCCUCAUGGGGCAUGACUGGUCUUCUGCUUUUACUCCUGUCAUCACCCCAUUCAGGAGAAGCCGGGCUGCCUCGUCGUUUCUGCCCACAUCUACGACUCUGCAUCCCGCAUUGUCUUGUCAUGACCCAGUGUUUAAUACAUCAUCUCCUUUUCAACUCAGAUCAAGGAUCAUAUUUCCUGAUGACAUCAAUCCUGGGUUUAGGCCGGUUAAACAAGUUAAACCAGUUGGUCAUGAUAUGCAAGUGAAAAGCACUACGGCAUCGUCAAUACCUGUCUCCGUUAUUCAGCGCAUUUAAGCCUUCAGUCCCCCAGAGGUAGUCAAAAAAGGUUUAUACGAGGAGGCUCCGACCCGAAGUCCAACCCCUUACCCUUUUAUAUAGCAUUAUUGGCGAAGAAGGUACUCCUUUCAUAUACUUUCUAUUAACAAAUGUCACCCUUUUCACUACCUAGUUCACAGGGUCCAGAGGGGUUUCGUGUGAAUAAAUGAAUUACUUAAUUAAAGUCUCAACUUGAAAAAUGUCUAUACUUGUCGCUUAGCACGAUUAAUUAACCCAAUGGGAUCUUUAUAAAUCUACUGUAGACGAUUUCUUCGCUUCUUAUCUGAUACAAUGGCGUCAUUUUACUACUACGACCAGAAUCCUUUACGUUUUUCCUUUCAUAUUUAAAUUAGUAAUCUCAGCGAGGAUUAAAUCACAAAAAGAGCCAUUGUCUUUCUCUCGGGUGUCAAGUGGACACUGCAUCAUCAAUAAUCAGACACUUCUGUUCUAUCUUAUCCAAUAACAGAACGUCAGGCUUGUUGAGUUCAAUCUUGUUGACAGUCUGUAUUUUGAAGUCCCACAGCUUGUUGUUAGUGAAUUCAUACACUUGUUGUGGCUCAUGGUUGCAAUAUUUUUCAUCCCUGUCAUAGGCCAGCUUUCCACAUUAUUAUUAUUAUUAUUAUUAUUAUUAUUAUUAUUAUUAUUAUUAUUAUUAUUAUUAUUAUAAUUAUAAUCAUCAUUUGCGCUCUUAUAAUAUAGUUGAUCGCCAGCAUGUGGAGGCGUCAGAUGGGCCAACAGGACAAGGUUCAGACAGCAGCUCAGUUACUCACUACAAGAAUAUAGUCCACUUGUGGGAAUUCUUGCUGGAGCUUCUAGCUGAUGAAAGCUGCCGUUCAAUCAUAACUUGGAGCAACGAAAAUCGUAUGGAAUUCAAAAUAAAAGUUCCUGAUGAAGUGGCCAAAAGAUGGGGGCAAUUCAAGAGGACACGGACCAUGACGUAUGACAAACUAAGCAGGGCUCUGAGAUUUUACUAUAGCAAAGGAAUCAUUCAAAAGGUGAGUUCAAUAGAACCCUCCAUUGCGACCUCACCCAAUGAUAUGCCAAGGUUUUUUAGAUUUCAAAUGUAUGUAGUAUUAUGAUAGUGGAAAUGUUCCUCGCAGUUGAACAAACACCCUAAGCAGUUGAAAAAAAAAAGUUCACCGGGAUAUCGAGCCUGAACCUUUGCGAUGGUCGGACGCAACGCUCUAUCCAUUAAGUUUAUCAAGCCAACUGGAGAGCAGGCCAUUGUGAGUUCGUCAGGGGCACCCAACGUCAAUUUUCGUAAAAUAUCUGUUCGGAAGACGAUUUGAGAUCUAGAAUUUUCGGAACAUUUGUUGUAAAAUUUCUUGCUUUCCUGCCUCUCCUAGGAUUUUCGAACAUUUAAAAAAUGGUAUAACUGCCCAUUUUAAACAGAUUUUUACCCUGAAAAGGUCACCUAGAAUUUCUGGGAACCUUUCUUCUAGCUGAAAUUUUCGAAAAGGUAAGUUUUAAUCCCUUCAAUUUUCGGAUCGGAUUUUCAGCUAUAGGAAGUGAUGUUUAGGGGAUAAAAGUAUGCCUAUAUCUAAAUCAAUCUAUAUUUGAAUACUAAAAUGUGUUUAACAAUGCUAUGUUUAAGUGGUUUUGAACUAUAUUCUCGUUGGGUGCCACUAGUUCGUAAUAUACCCGAUGGUGGAAAUGAAAUGGAUGGAAAUAUUUGCGUGGAUCAUUUCCACUUUCAUGCCUUUAUCUGCAGUUCAAAAUAUGAGUCACCUAAUAUACUUCGAUUAAUGUGUGAAGUAAUGUUACUGGAAAAACUGAAUUAUUCUGGUACUGAGUUUGAAAAGGUGGUCGCUCGUUUUUCCAGCUUCAUUGCGAUACGAUAAUAACAAUAGUCUCCGUCGCAACUGGCGCAGGAGCGUGUAGUCACGCGCCACAACCCGCUAAAAAACUUCAAUUUUACACCAGCCAUUUAUAUGAGGAGCGGUUAAGGGCGAGUUGGUCACACAGGAAAGUUCGUGUGCUGUAAUGUCAUGGAUUAGUGGACAACAAGACGCGCCCUCUUUACAUUAUAUAUUAACAUUUUAACAGUCAACUCGGACGUCAGCACUCAAUGGCGCCAGUGGCAGCCACUAUCUGUUCAUUUAUGAGCUUUCUGUAACCCACCCACAGCCCAUGAUAUGAAUGAUGCGUGAAAGGUAGACCACAUCACUGGGGAAACUUCCCCUAGUCUUUUCGAACAUUAUAUUAGUGGGCGUUCUUUUACGUCCCCUUCGAUUUGACUAUAAUGAAAGAAGGAUGAAGGAGACAACGGCUUAACGACAUCGCCCAUGCAAUGACACAGUGGACAGUGUCAUCUUUCGGUUGAGUUAUAGGACCAUCGCAUCUAACUAUCAUUUUGAAUUUCCUAUCUUAGGUUCCAAAACAAAGGUUGGUUUACAGGUUUCAUAAGCUGCCUUACAAAUACGAACCAGGCGUGACCCGUUGGCGACCUCAUGGACAGAGAAUCAAGGCUUGCAUCACACAGAACGAGUCUAGCGUGACGGCUACAGAGUACAGUAGCCAUGGAAUCAAUUCAUACAUUGGGCAGCGUGGAGCCGGGAUAAAUCUAUUCAUUGGGCAGCAACAAGCGUUGCAGAAAGAAAAACCAAUUACCCCUCCCCUCAUGGGGCAUGACUGGUCUUCUGCUUUUACUCCCGUCAUCACCCCAUUCAGGAGAAGCCGGGCUGCCUCGUCGUUUCUGCCCACAUCUACGACUCUGCAUCCCGCAUUGUCUUGUCAUGACCCAGUGUUUAAUACAUCAUCUCUUUUUCCACUCAGAUCAAGGAUCAUAUUUCCUGAUGACAUCAAUCCUGGGUUUAGGCCGGUUAAACAAGUUAAACCUGUUGGUCAUGAUAUGCAAGUGAAAAGCACUACGGCAUCGUCAAUACCUGUCUCCGUUAUUCAGCGCAUUUAA